AUAUUUUCGGCAGACGGUCAGUUUCACAGUUUACAAGUCUACUCCUAAAUACCAUGGGGUUACAGUCGGUAUCUCUUUCGUUCUCAAGACUCAAUGGUCCGGGCUGCCGGUCUAUGAAGUUCGCAAACAUUUACUCGGAAACAAGCAUUUGGUUCUUCAGCCAAGCUAAAAGUUAAUUUGUGAUUAACAGUUAGCAAGUAGUUUAGUGAAGUGACCAUGGCUGCUAAACUUUUGGGGACUAACUUGUGUGAGGGUUUUGCAAGAAUAAGAACAGCAUUUUCAGAAGGAAUAAAUUCUGUGCAACCUUGGGAGUUGAUAAAAAAGUUUGUGAGAAGAGAAAAUGGAACAUUGGUGGUUAACAACAAAAAGCAUGAGCUUCAUCACAAUGUGUACAUUGUGGGAUUUGGUAAAGCUGUAAUUGGAAUGGUUCGUCCACUGGAGGAUUUACUGAAAGAUUCAGACUCGUCCUCACAUUUAAAGGGAGGAAUCUUAAGUGUGCCUUUUGGGAUACAGGAUACCUUUUCUGGUAGAUCUCGUUUAUUACCAACCAGUGACUCAGUCAUUGAAAUUUUGGAAGGUGCUAAAAACAAUAUUCCAGAUGAAAGUGCCUUUACAUCAGCCAGAAAAAUUUGUUCUUUGGUGCAAUCCCUUAGUGAGAAAGACCUGCUAAUUGUUCUCAUAUCGGGUGGGGGCUCAGCUUUAUUGCCAUAUCCCUUGGCACCAACAACGCUUGAAGAAAAACAAGACAUUGUGAAAACACUUAGCAGAGCAGGAGCUGACAUAAUUGAACUAAACACUGUUAGAAAAGCUUUGUCUGCCACAAAGGGUGGGAAACUAGCUGCAAUGACAAAAGCGCAGACUGUAUCUCUGAUUUUGUCUGAUGUUAUUAACAGCCCACUUGAUAUGAUAGCAAGUGGACCAACCGUUGUGAAUAGAGAUUCAGUUGGAGCUGCUUUGAAUAUUCUCAGUAAGUACAGUGUGUCAAUUCCCUAUCACACAAAAGCUGUUUUGGAGAAUGCUGCUGCUUUCAGUCAAGAGCUUCCUCAUGUUACCAAUGUUUUGGUUGGUAGUAAUGAGGCAGCACUAACUGCUGUUGCUACUUCAUUUUUGCAAAAAGCCAGAGGCACUGACUGCUCAAUGAUUCUUUCGUCGUGUCUUCAGGGCGAAGCUUCUGAUAUUGGCAAAAAAAUGUCAGAGUUUGUGGCAGUAAUAACAAGUAUAUUGUGUGGUAGUGGUGAUACUGACAUGUUGAGAGAAACACUAUUUACUGACUUGUGCAUUGGGAGCAGAGAGAGAGUUAGAUUUAUAGAUUUACUGGAAAAAGUAUCCAAAGAUCAAUGCCCUAUUUGUUUGAUCUUUGGUGGUGAAACAACAGUUCAUGUCAAAGGAACAGGACUCGGAGGAAGAAACCAAGAGAUGGUGCUGUCUUACAGUAUUCAUAUGGAAAAGGUGAUGGAAGAGUCCGCAUUUUCUGGAGAAGUGUUGUUUCUUUCUGGUGGCACAGAUGGUAUUGAUGGCCCAACAGAUGCAGCAGGUGCUAUCACCUAUUGGAGCUCUAUAUCUCCAGGGUUCAGGUCCCAGUUACAGGAGGCUGAACAGCAAGACUUGAAUCCAGAGGCUUACCUGCAGAAUAAUGAUUCCUACACAUACUUUAGCCUCUUAAGUAAUGGCUACUAUUUAUUGAAACCAGGACAUACAGGAACAAAUGUUAUGGAUAUCCAGAUCCUUAUGAUUUAUCCCUGGAUCUGAUAUAUUGCUAAUAAUUCUCAUAUAGAACUGAUGUUAGAGUAUUAGUGUUUUAACAUCAUGGAGAAAUCCCAUGUGAUUUAAAGUCGGUGACCUUACACUAUAUUCAGUAUGGCUCUGGUGUAUGGAAAAGAGUACUGUGCAUGGGGAAGAGCGUCAUGUGUAGCAUAGGCAGUAUCAAUUUUAGCAUAGGGUACAUCAGGGUUUCUGCCGAAGGCUGAAUGAAAUUUAGUGUGUUCAAUCUUUUCAUUAAUUUUGUGGGCUUUCAUACAAGUCUGUCCUCCUCAUUAAUUUUGUGUUUUAUUGUAGUGUCUUACCGAACAAUUAUAGAGCCGUGAUUUCCACGAGCGGCAGGAUACUAAAUUCAAAUUUAGCGCGUCGGCGUCGCCAACACUGGUGGUGAUGACGUCAUCUCCCUCCACUCGCGGGAGAACCAGGUACAACUGCCCAGGUGAAUCCAAUUCUUUUCCUGCCGGCGUCCGGUGAACAUCGGUGGUCGGUGCGGUUGGAUGACUUUGCUUCGCUUUUUUUUUUUCUUGUGGAUUUGAUCUUCGGAAUUGGUGAAGUACUCUUUUUUGGCGUUGUUAUUAUUUUGCUUUUUAUUUAGGCGUUGCCAUGUCGGAUUCUAGUCCGUCGGGAGUUAGGUUUUGCAUCUCAGGAUGUAAAACUAGAUUAUCCAAGUUAGAGUAUGAUUCUCACACUAAAUGUGUUAAGUGUAGGGGACAGGUUUGUUCAGCAGAUCGAACAUGUAACGAGUGUAGUGAUUGGACUGAUUCUCAAUGGAAGUUUUUUAGUUCAUACUCGGAGAAAUUAGCUAAAGACAGAAUUAGAAAAGCAGCGCUUAGGGAAAGUAGACUUAGCUCUGCUUCGUCUUGCGAUGCAUCUGUUCCUUCUGUUUCUCCUCAAAUUGUUAUGUCUCCUUUAACUACACCUCCUAUUCCUCCUACUAAUCCCACUUCUCCGGCUUCCCGUGUAGUUUCUUCCGACACCAUUGCCAGUCUGGAAUCGAGGUUAGAUCAGAAAUUUUCGGUACUAGCGAAUACGG